AUGAGCAACGACAAGGACAACUUGAACAUGAGCGAUCUCACAUCCGCUCUUAACGAGGAGGGUCGAGCAGGGCUUGUUAAUGCUCCUAAGAACAAGUUGCAGAAUUUGGCUGGACCACACUCAGAUGUCCUUGAAAACUUGACACCGACAGUCAGGAAGCGUGUUGAGGUUCUAAGAGAGAUCCAAAACCAAUACGAUGAAAUGGAAGAAAAAUUCUUCGAGGAAAGGGCACUAGAAGCUAAAUACCAAAAAGAGAUUGUCAACGGUGUGGUGGAAGUUGAAGGUGCACCGGAAGAAGUAAAAGCAGAACAAGGAGAAGAGAAAGCUGAAGUAAAUCGUGUUUCUAAUGAUUACGAAAAUCUGUUUUUGUGCAGAGAAAGGAGUACCUCAUUUCUGGCUUAUUGCAUUACUGCUGAGGAGGUAACCGAGAGAGAUGAAGGUGCUCUCAAGUAUCUUAAAGAUAUCAAGUGGAAUAGAGUUGAAGAACCAAAAGGAUUCAAGCUCGAGUUUCUCUUUGAUCAGAACACUUACUUCAAGAACACUGUCUUGUCCAAGACAUACCACAUGAUUGAUGAAGAUGAGCCUAUCCUCGAGAAGGCUAUUGGAAUGGUUUCCAAGUUCCUGCUUGACGGCUCUGAAAAAAAAAUGAUGUUAUUUCUGACAGGUUGGUGUUUGUAG